AUGGAGUUUUCUGGACCAUUGCAAAAUGAAGAUUUAUCUGGAUUGUAUUAUAGUAGUUACAUGGAGGGUAGUGACGAAAGAUAUAUGGCAAUCACCCAGUUUCAACCAACAGAUGCUAGGAAGGCUUUCCCUUCGUUUGAUGAACCAGCUCUGAAAGCCACAUUUAACAUUACCCUGGAGAGACGAAACGAUGCCGUGUCAGACAUGAUAACGUUAUCAAAUAUGCCAAGGAUUGAUACAGUACAAAGUUCUGAUGGAUAUUUAGCUGAUAUAUUCGAGAAGACCGUUGUUAUGCCAACUUAUCUUUUGGCAUUUGCAGUUUGCGAUUUUCCACAUAAAGUUAACACUACCAAAUAUAAUCACACGUUCAGGACAUUUGCCAGGAAGGAGUAUAUAGAACAUACCAACUACUCCUUGUGGGUUGGUAGCAGACUUCUAGAUGAAUUCGAAGACUAUUUUGAAAUUGAGUAUCCGUUACCAAAAUUAGAUAUGAUCGCUAUACCUGACUUCUCUGCUGGAGCUAUGGAAAAUUGGGGUCUUGUUACGUACAGAGAAAGUAUAAUGUUUUACCAUCCUGACAUAUCCACAGUCAGUCAGCAUAUCUUUACAGCAAUUGUUGUCUCACAUGAAUUAGCUCACAUGUGGUUUGGAAAUCUAAUAUCCCCAAAAUGGUGGGACGAUUUAUGGCUGAACGAAGGCUUUGCGACAUUUUUUGAGUAUGUUGGUGUAGAUUUGGUGGAAACGGACUGGGAUAUGAUGAACUACAUGGCAUUAGACUGCAUACAGUAUUCCUUUGAUACAGACAGCCUUGAAAGUUCUAGACCUAUAUAUCAACAAGUAUGGACACCAAAUGAUAUCAAUAAUAUCUUUGACGUCAUUACAUACUAUAAGGGAGCCUCUGUCAUUCGAAUGAUGUGGUUUUUCCUUGGAAAAGAAAACUUCCGUCGAGGACUUCGGGAUUACAUAAGAAGAAGAGAAUAUGGUAGCGCACAGCAUGACGAUCUGUGGAUGGCAUUAUCAAAUGAAUCGAAAGCUAAUGGUACUAAUAUAGAUGUCAGAAGAGUGAUGGAUACAUGGGUAGAACAGAAAAAUUAUCCUUUGGUCAAUGUUUCAAUUACAAGUAGUGGUAUCAGGUUAACGCAGCAACGUUUCCUACUAAGAGAAAGCAGUCAAGACGAUCAUACAUUUUUAUGGGAAAUACCAGUUACUUACACGACCAAUGCGCAUCCAGAUUUCGAACAAGAUUAUAGGAAUAUUACAUGGAUGAAUACGAGUGAAAUCAGCAUUCCAGUACCCGAAAUUACAGAUGUAAACUUCCUCUGGGUUAUUUUAAAUAUCCAGGAAUAUGGUUACUUCCGAGUUAAUUACGAAAAAACAAUUUGGGAUAGAAUAAAUGGACAACUCAUUGGAAACCAUAGCGUUAUCCACGUCGUAAACAGAGCGGCUCUUAUAAGUGAUGCCUGGGCCUUGAAUAAAGCAGGUAUUUUGGAUAUAGAGACUGCUUUGCAUACGUUGGAUUAUCUAAAUAGCGAAACAGAAUAUAUCCCUUGGGGAGCAGCAAUUAAAGAAUUAGUAUAUCUUGAUAGAAUGCUGGUUUCCACACCAGUUUAUGGAAAUUUUGAACGCUUCAUGAUUGACAAAGUUAACAAGACUUUUAUGGAAUACCAGCUUAAUAUAUCUAUAGACCAGUCAGUUCAGAAAAUAUUACUUCAGAGUUCUGUAGCCAGUCGUGCAUGUAAAUAUGGUAUCAAAACAUGCGCAGAUGAAGCUACGAGGAUAUUUAAUGCAUGGAAAGACAAAAUAGAAGACUACAUCAUUCCACCAGAUGUACGAAGAACUGUAUUAUGUACAGCUCUGAGACAUGGAAGUUCGGCGGACUGGGAUUUCCUCUUCAGUAGAUAUGCUAAUAGUUCCUCUAAUGACCAAAGAACUUAUUUAGAUGCAUUGAGCUGUUCAAGAGACAACUGGGUUUUACAUAGGUAUCUUGAUUAUAGCAUAGGAAAAGGCGACACAACAAUUCGAUCACAGGAUGCUCGUUUUGCAAUAUUGGCAGUAGCUUCAAACCCUCUAGGUCUUCAAAUGACUUGGCGGUUUGUUCGUUCAAAUUGGAAAUAUAUUGUCGAAGAUUCUGGACUCGACAGUUAUGCACUAAAUCAAAUUGUUUUUGGAAUGGCAAGGUUAUUGUAUACAGAUUAUGAUAUAGAGGAGGUACAAAAGUGGAAAACAGAACACUUGAAGUUAGCUAAUUCAUUACCAGGAUUUGAACAAGGAAUCGAAACCAUAAUAAAUAAUAAAGCUUGGGUCGAUCACAAUUAUAACGAUAUGGCAAAUUGGCUUAAGACAAAUUAUCCUAAUUAGAACUUGUGACAGUGUUAUUAGAAAAUGGAAUCAAAAUGUGCAUUUUGUGUAAGAAAAGAAAGCACUCACUCUGGGAUUUGUUCAUACUAUAUUUUUAGAUUAUUUGUUGUGUACCUGUUUUCUCGAUGCUUCUAAUUUAUUUUGUCAGCAUAUUACAUCUUUUAAACACACUUUACUUUGAUUACAUGCGUAAAUUACUUAAUAUCUUAUGCUAAACAUUGAAAAUAAUCAUUACCAGGUAUUAAUGUUAAAAUUGGCUAAGUUAUGUAACCUUUUGUUAGCAAUAAUUCGUAUGUUUCUCUGUCCUAUAUGUUCUCCCAUUUAUUUGUAUUGUAGUCCUGUCAUGCAAUGUUGUCAUUUUAAUGUUAUAUUUAACAUUUCCAUAAAAGCGGGAGGUUUGGCUAGCCACAAAACCAGGUUCAACCCACCAUUUUUUUCUUAAAAUGUCCUGUACCAAGUCAG